AGAAAAGAAAAUCCCUCAGUGUACGUGUUUUUUCACUUUCUCUUGAACCUUCAUAGCUUGUUACAUACUUCUUGUUCAAGCCUCCAUAGCCACCCUCCACCACAAACCCAAAAACUAGGGUUUCUGGUGGCCUCUCUGUUUCCUUAUCAGCUGUAAGGUACAAAAUAUCCACACUCACUAUCAGCUUUAUUUAUUAAUUUAUUUAUUUUUUUCUCAUUGCACCAAUGGCCGAAAUCUAGAAAGUUCCACCCGAAAAAAGGGUGUAGCUGUGACGUUUUUUGGCCACUGCUUAAAUCCCUAAUUCUCAUAUAUGUCAACCUCUUAAUCCCGCUAAGGGUGUUCAUGGUUAUUCAAGUUUGUUAACUUUCAUUUUGUCCCUCAAUCCCAAUUUUGACCCGGCUUCUCCAGUGAUUUACUAAUCGAAAAUUUAUGGCGAAAGCUGCAACUGGAAGUGCUAACCAUGGCGGUAAGACUGGAGUCCGUAUCGUGGUAGCGGGAGACCGUGGCACCGGAAAGUCCAGCUUGAUUGUCACCGCCGCUGCUGAAACUUUUCCGUCGAAUGUUCCGCCGGUUUUGCCGCCCACGAGGCUGCCUGAGGAUUUCUAUCCUGACCGUAUCCCUGUUACUAUUAUCGAUACUUCCUCUAGAGCGGAGGAUUCUGCUAAAGUAGCUGAAGAACUGAAGCGAGCUGAUGCAGUUGUUCUUACUUAUGCAUGUGACAAGCCAGAGACUCUUGAUCGAUUGAGUAACUUCUGGCUGCCACAGCUUCGUCGAUUAGAGGUGAAGGUGCCGGUCAUAGUGGUGGGUUGCAAGCUGGAUCUAAGGGAUGAGAACUACCAGGUGAGCUUGGAGCAAGUGAUGUCACCAAUAAUGCAACAAUUUCGGGAAAUUGAGACUUGCAUAGAGUGUUCAGCGCAUAAACAUAUCCAGAUACCUGAGGUCUUCUAUUAUGCACAAAAGGCAGUUCUUCACCCAACCGGGCCACUCUUUGAUCAGGAAUCACAAACCUUGAAGCCCAGAUGUGUGAGAGCCUUGAAGCGUAUUUUUAUUCUUUGUGACCUUGACAGGGAUGGUGCCCUUAGUGAUGCAGAAUUAAAUGAUUUUCAGGUCAAAUGUUUCAAUGCUCCAUUGCAACCUUCUGAAAUUGUGGGUGUGAAGAGGGUUGUGGAAGAGAAAUUACCUGGUGGAGGAGCCACUGAUAGAGGAGUCAAUGAACGUGGUCUUACCUUGACAGGAUUCCUGUUUCUCCAUGCAUUGUUCAUAGAAAAAGGACGCCUUGAGACAACAUGGACUGUUUUGAGGAAAUUUGGGUACAAUAAUGAUAUCAAACUCGCGGAUGAAUUAAUUCCAACAUUCAAACGAGCUCCCGAUCAGAGUGUGGAGCUCACAAAUGAAACUAUUGAGUUCUUGAGGGGAAUCUACGAAUUGUUUGACAGUGAUGGUGAUAAUAACCUGCGACCUGUAGAACUUGAGGAUAUUUUUUCUACUGCACCAGAAAGCCCUUGGGAUGAACCACCAUAUAGGGAUGCUGUAGAGAAAACUGCUUUGGGUGGGCUAUCACUUAAUGCAUUUUUGUCAGAGUGGGCCCUUAUGGCACUUUUAGAUCCAUCUCGUGCUGUGGAGAAUCUGAUCUACCUUGCAUACCCUAAUGAUCCUUCUUAUGCUGUUCGAGUAACAAGAAAAAGGCGUCUAGAUCGCAAGAAACAACAAUCAGAAAGAAAUGUUUUCCAGUGUUUUGUAUUUGGACCUAAGAAUGCUGGGAAGUCUGCACUAUUGAAUUCUUUUGUUGGAAGGCCAUUUUCUGAAGUGUCAUCUUCAACUAUUGAGGAGAAUUAUGCAGUGAAUAUUGUUGAUCUACCUGGCGGAGUGAAGAAAACCCUUAUUUUGAGAGAGAUUCCUGAGGAUGGAGUUAAGAAGUUGCUGUCUGAUAAGGAGUCUUUGGCACCAUGUGACAUAGCAGUUUUCGUUCAUGACAGCUCCGACGAGUCCUCAUGGAGGAGAGCAACUGAAUUGCUUGUGGAAGUUGCUAGUCAUGGUGAGGAUACUGGCUUUGAGGUGCCUUGCCUAAUUGUUGCAGCUAAAGAUGAUUUAAAUUCAUUUCCAAUGGCAAUCCAAGAAUCUACUAGGGUUACUCAGGAUAUGGGGAUAGAGGCACCUAUUCCCAUCAGUUCUAAGAUGGGCGAUACCAAUAGCAUCUUCCGUAGGAUUGUUAAUGCUGCAGAACACCCUCAUUUGAGCAUUCCUGAAACAGAAGCAGGGAGAAGUCGUAAGCAAUAUCAUCGACUCAUCAAUCGCUCCCUUAUGUUUGUUUCAGUUGGAGCUGCAGUGGCCAUUGUUGGGUUGGCAGCUUACCGAGUGUAUGCGGCAAGGAAAAGUUCAUCUGGCUGAAGGAUGUGAAGAUUUACCCAUAAAGAAAAGAUGGAAGUUGUGUAUGACCUCAUUGAAUCGGAUUUGGGUUGUGUCAAUUUGAGGUUUGGUGCUUGUAGAGAAUUUGCAUUUUAUCCUGAUGCCCUUUAAUUAUUAGUUUCUUACUUGCAACUUUUUCGGCAUCAGGAUCUUAACAGUUUGAAUGGGAGAGUUACUUGCAGCAGUUGAAUUGUAUUGAUGGCGUAUGUAUCAUUAAAUUAGUUAUUGUGCAGGGCUUGUGCAAUAAUAAAAAAUUUUGCUAUGGACUUCCCUUUUUACGCAUUUCGAUAUUACCACUUUGUAUUCUGGCGACUGGCGAGUCGCUUCAUUUGUAUCUUCUUUUGUUGGCCUCGUGUAGUUCUUAUUUA